ACAGCGCAGGCUUCUUUGCGUCGGCGUGUUCUCGGCGUCUGUUGUGGCUGUUGGGUCGUAGGAAGGAGUGCGUCCCUGCGAGUCAUGGCGACCAAGGCCGUGUGUGUGAUGAGUGGCGACAGCGGGGUGCACGGCACCAUCCACUUCGAGCAGAAGGGGAACGGGCUGGUCGUGGUUUCAGGAUCCAUCAAAGGAUUGACUGAAGGCGAGCAUGGCUUCCAUGUCCAUCAGUUUGGAGAUAAUACACAAGGCUGUACCAGUGCAGGUCCUCACUUUAAUCCUGAAUCCAAAACACACGGUGGGCCAAAGGACCAAGAGCGGCAUGUUGGAGACCUGGGCAAUGUGACCGCUGGCAAAGAUGGUGUGGCCCACGUGUCCAUUGAAGACGCAGUGAUCUCACUCUCGGGGGACCAUUCCAUCAUUGGCCGCACAAUGGUGGUCCAUGAAAAAGCAGAUGACUUGGGCAAAGGUGGAAAUGAAGAAAGUAAAAAGACGGGAAAUGCUGGAAGUCGUUUGGCUUGUGGUGUAAUUGGGAUCGCCCAAUAAACAUUCCCUAGGACGAGCUCUGAGUCCUAGUAACUCCUCUGUUAUCUUGCUAGUUGUAGAAGUUUAACCUGAUAAACAUUAAACACUGUAACCUUAAAAGUGUAA